AGUGGUCCUCACAUAUUCUUUACCUUUCAUCUUUCCUUCAAGUUUCCCAUUCUUCAUCUUCUUCUCUUCUCCUGCUUGAGUUACUUCUUCCCAACUUCUUUUACCAUCAAAGAAAUGGAAACAAGCAAACCAGAGGGGAAAAGAAGCAUAAAUGAAACUGACUCGGUGGCAGAGGGGGGAGAAGAUGAAGACGAAGAUGUUGAAGAAGACAACAAAAAGAAAAGAGCAUUGACUCUAUCUGGAAGGAAGUUAACUGGUGGAGGGUCAACACAGCUGUUCUGUCAGGUGGAAGACUGCACCACAGAUAUGACAGAUGCCAAGCCAUACCAUCGCCGCCACAAGGUCUGUGAGAUUCACGCAAAGGCUCCGUCAGUACUUAUAAAUGGAGUCCAACAGCGCUUCUGUCAGCAAUGCAGCAGGUUUCAUGAAUUAGCCCAGUUUGAUGAAGCUAAGAGGAGUUGCCGGAGGCGAUUGGCAGGUCACAAUGAGCGCCGCAGGAGAAUUACAUAUGAUCCUCGUGGUGAAGGGUCAACCUGAAGACGUAAUACCAGUGGGGGGACAAACCAACUCCUUAUUGGAACUCAUAAGAAGAUUGGUCUCUGAACCACAUAGCUUAUCAAUGUAAUUUCUAGCAUGCUCUCUAUCUUCUGUCAAUUGCUAGACUUCAAUUACAAAUCAUUGCCUCUAUGUGUGGUUUGUAAUUCAUUCAGCCUCCAUCCCCUCUCCCAGUGGGAGGGUGAUUCAGGGGAGCAUUAUCAUUUGGAUGAAGUUUCCUAUAUCUUAUUAUCAUUUGAGGCUUGAACAUCUCA